CGGUUUCAGUUUUGGUCUUGGCGUUGCACGUGCCGGGCCUUAUCACCGUCGACAUGUCGGCCGAUGGACACGUGCCUUGCGGUUCCCGAAAACACUAGCUUAUUAAUAUUGUUCGUUGCACGCGACGACCAACAUAUUUGUCGUCGGUCGGUAAUUUUUUCCUCGAAAGUUUCGACUUUUUUUUUACUCGUCGCAUUCCUUUUUGGAAAACCGUCAAUGGAACAGUAGUACCGCGACAACACGAAAAGUUAUGGCGUCGCGAAAUUCUGCGAACUUUUGGUUAUUUAUAAUAUUGUUAAUCUCGAUUGAAGCCCAUAACUCAAGAGUAGCUAGUCUUGAAAGAUACCCAACGCAAUCAGGAUUAAUUGCCAUUUAUGGUAAUGAUAAUGCCAGUGAUAUUCAUUUUUCAUGGAAAUUAAAUGAAACGAUAUUUUGGGGAGAAUGGUCUCCAUGGUCAUCUUGGACUCCUUGUUCUACAUCAUGUGGUUUAGGUAUCACCAAACAAACAAGACAAUGCAUACGAAAAUCAACUAAUGUUAAAAGGAAUGUUUUUUACAAAAGACAACGUCUGAAACGAGUGUCCAAUGUGAACACCGAAUGUCGAGGACCAACAGAUGAAACCAGAUAUCACGUUUGUAAUAAACAGGUGUGCCAGAAUAAUACUGACUUUCGUGAAAUUCAAUGUUCGUCGUUUAACGACAAGUUAUUUAAUGGUCAAAAGUACACGUGGUCAGCAUAUUAUCAUGCCACAAAUCAAUGUGCGUUAAACUGUCGAGCAGUUGGAUAUCGCUUUUAUGCCACUUUAAAACCUAAGGUAUCAGAUGGAACAUCGUGUAACGGUACAAAUAAUUCAAGACCUUACGUUUGUGUGGAAGGACAAUGUAAGGUGGUCAGCUGUGAUGGUUCGAUUGGUGGGCAAAAAAGAAUUGACGAAUGUGGUGUAUGUGGUGGUGAUAACAGUACUUGCCGUUUGAUUUCUGGAAUCCUUACUAGACCAGACAUGCCACCAGGAUAUAAUUUAAUUGCUAGAUUACCAAAAUCUGCUUGCAAUAUCACGAUUACCGAACUUAAGCCAUCUGCCAACAGCAUAGCACUGAAACAUACGGUUGGGCCGUACAUUUUUAAUGGAAAUUGGAGUAAUAGUUGGCCAGGAGAUUACGAAGGAGCAGGUACAGUGUUUACGUAUCGAAAAGAAAAUGGUAAUUUCGGUGAAACAGUAUAUGCCUCAGGACCACUCUCAGAAUUCGUAGACCUCAUUUUGGUGUUCAGAUACACGAAUCCCGGUAUCAAAUACGAAUACAAACUGCCUUUAGAUGUACCCGUAGAGGAAUCGAUUGCGCCACCAUUGAUUAGGCACCAUUCGCACAUGUCAGCUCAUGUUGGAAAUUAUUUGACAACUGGUGACGAAACUUACAUGACUGAUAAAGAGACAGAAUUUGAAAACGAAGACAAAAAAAUCAACUUGAACCAACCUCUUGGAACUGUGUCAGAGUUUCAAGGGUUCAUCGGUGACGAAGCUGUAAAACCACGCAACAAAGGCAGAAAAAAGAAGUUUUUAUGGAAAUUAAGUGGCUAUUCAGAAUGUACCAAAACAUGCGGUGGAGGAUACCAGACGUCUACAAUAGUGUGUAUUAAGGAGCACAAUCAACAACAGCAAAUAGUGGCAGAUAAACGGUGCCAUGGAUUAGAGAAGCCGCAACCUCAAGUGCUCAGAUGCAACGUGAAACCAUGCGAGGCGCAGUGGACAAUCACCGAUUGGAGUUCAUGUUCGGUCAGCUGUGGUCUGGGUGUCCAAACCCGGGACAUCGUGUGCAAGCAGCACAUCAACUCCGCGUUAACAAUGAACGCGGCUGAGUCCGCAUGUUCAUCACCAGUUCCCACCAACGUCAUCCUCUCCAAAGUCUGCCAAAAGCCGCUUUGCGAAUACUCCUUAUCUGACGGUGAUGCGCAUUGGAUCGCCGGAACAUGGUCCAAGUGUUCCACUACUUGUGGAAUUGGCAUCAAGUCCAGAUCAGUCAGCUGUUCUUCAACUAACGAAACCCAGUGCAAGCAGAAUGAGAAACCUCCACACCAAACCACCUGUGACAUGGGACCGUGUGCGAUGGCUCUGUCGAACGCACCCGGUUCAUGGAUAUCGUCCGAUUGGUCACAGUGUUCUGAAACAUGUGGCACUGGUACGCAGACCAGAAAAGUGCAUUGUUCGUUGGGCAUUGACCGCGAGAACGCAUGUGAACGAUCAAUAAAACCAGAAGCAAGCAGAGCAUGUUUAAGUGACAAAGAUUGUAGUGGACUCUGGUUUGCAGGACCUUGGUCGCAAUGUUCGGAAACGUGUGGUUGGGGUAACCAAACAAGAACUUUAGUAUGUAUGUCUUACGAUCAAAGACAAUGGAAAAUAGUAUCCGAGAGUCAAUGUUCUGGAAAAGAAAAACCUUCAGCGUCCAUGUCGUGUUUCACAGAAAACUGCGGUUCUGCUUGGUUCACCUCAGAAUGGCUUCCGUGCUCGAGAUCAUGCGACUUAGGCGUUCAGAAAAGAGACGUGAAGUGUCUUAAUGAAGCAUUAAAAGCAUCUUUGGACUGCGAUGAUUCGAAAAAACCAUCGGCCAGACGUUCUUGUAACUUGAAUCAAUGCGUUAAUAGUUAUUCAGGUGCUUCACCCGUAGUAAACGACGAAAGUCGAGUCGAAAGAGAAAACAAACCUGCAGUGAACAUCAGUACAGAACAGCCGCCGAAUCAAGACGAUGCCAAAUGCGUGGACAUACAACACAGAAACUGUAAUUUCGUAGCCCAAGCUAGACUGUGCUCCUAUAAAUUUUAUAAAAUCUCAUGUUGCAACUCUUGUCGUAAUAAAAUGUAGAUCAAAUUUGGUAGGACUUGGAAAAGAAUGAUUUUGUACGAUAUUAGAUCACCUCGUUAAUUAUUUUGAUCGAUAUAAUUAAUAAUAUUAAUAUUUUACCGCACAUUACGAUUUACAUAGAAAACAGUAAUUUUUUUAAAUAUUUUUAAGCACGUAGACUGUAGAAAUAAUGCGUGUAUAAAAAACUAUUAUUAUUUAUUGUAAUCAAGUAAUAACCGUGUAGGUAAGUUUUAGAUGUAAAAAUGUAAACGUACACGUAUGUAUUAAAAAUAUUAUAUCUAAAGUUAUGGCGAUUUAAUGCUUAAAGAAUCUCUAAAAAUUUAACGAUAUUAAUUUAACAAUAUUUUAAAAGUAUUUAUUUAAAAUAUU